CUUUGAGAGGGGAGGGGGAGGUCGAAGAAAAAGAUCAGAUUUUAAAGGUUGUAAACCCCUCAUUUAAAGCAAAAGGGUAAAUCCGAGCAGGAAGCGUCAGAACGUCACAAAACGUCCAUCAACCGAGUUAGUUCCGGCUAGUCAGACACGUGUUAAUGUUUAAAAAAAAAGUAGACCUGCUCCUGUGUUUUUUUGUUACGAGUGGUUUUCUUGGAGCUUUCAACUAGCAAAUGGUAAUUGGAACCAGACGGACACAGGCAAGUGAGCGGAGUAGAAUCGGCCCCUUAUUUUUCAAAAGAGAGAAAAGUACGAAAAAAAAUCCAGAGAAGGAGGGGGAUCCCCCGGGGAGGAAAUUCCCGAGCUGCUGGAUGGAAAUACGCCGAUUACGAAAUGACAUGGAGGGAACGGAAUGGAUACAGUCAGUCACUGCCCCUAGGACAAGGUUUAAUCUCUUCAUAUUUACUAUCUGCCUGUCGGAGUGAACGCUCCAGAGAAUCCACAUUUAGCUACAGUGUCUCCCAUUAAUUAGCUUUCAAUGCUACUCAGAAAGUACGGACAAUUUGUGCUAAUUACUGCAUUUUUAACAUUGUCCGCAACCUCUGAAUCAAAAUUGAGACAGUAAUCUAUAUAUAUAUAUUUAGAGACCGAGGGUCGACUUUUUUGGCAACUUUUUUUAACAAUUUGACACAGCACACAAUGUCUUCGUUUAGAUAUCUCUUUUUCUAAAAACUUAUAAGAAUUUCGAGAAGAAAAUCCCGACUGAUUGCUUCCCCCCCUUCCCGAGUCGGGGGAGGUCGCAUUCAGAACAGCAUUUAUAUACAAUGUCUGUGGACGGCGAUGAGAAUGCGGAGCAGCAAAAGGACAGCCGGCUUCCGAAGGCCAGGCUAAAAAGCUACAACACCAUCACCACUUUCUACCACGAAACCCUGCAGGAAGUGGGCCGCCUGAGUCGGGAGCUCACCCUGAAGGACGGCCUGGUCAAAGACCUGCAGGCUCGCCUGGCCGCCUACGAGGGCAGCAUCGCGGUCGGUUUCGGCCAGGAGCCCGGGGUCAGCUUUGGUCCGUCCGGCUCCCUUGUGGACUGUCUGCUGCAAGAGGUGGGUAAAGUCAAAAAGGAGCUGGCGGAUUCAGCAAGGAUUUGGCAGCAAGAGAACACCAAGCUGAAAGAGGAUCUGCAGGUGGUUCAGUUGCGGCUCAGGGAGAAGGAACGUGAAGUGGAACAGAUGGUGGGCAGCUCAAAGCAUGAGGCGGCCAGUGAGAUUGUUCGACUGCGCCAAACUCUGCGGGACAAGGAGAGGCUUAAUGCCACCCAGAAGCUAUGGUGCCGCUCACUGGCAGAUGAGACCGAACAGCUACAGCUGCGGCUGGCUAGCACUGCAGACAUGUGCCAACAGCUGGCAAGGCAGCUGGAGGAGCAGCGGGCGAAGACUGGGCACAGGAUGGAGAAGGAGCAGAACCCUGCCAAACAAGAUAGCGAGGCACUACCGCCACGUCAAGCAGAUUCAUCAGACAGCAACAUUUGCCGACUGCAAGAGGAGAACCAAACGCUGAAACAGAAAGUCCUUUAUGUGGAAGACCUUAAUGCCAAAUGGCAAAAGUACGACAUCAGUCGAGAGGAGUACGUUAAGAAUCUUCACCACCAGCUGAAAGAUCUUAAGUCCAGGGUUGACCGAACUGGACUUGGUGCCCCUCAGGCUAACGAGAAUGUACUGCAGCAGGAAAUCUUGCGACUAAACCGGCUGCUGGAGGAGAGUAUGAAGGAAUGUGGUCGCCUCGCAGUAUUCCGGGAUGGCCUUGACAAGGAGAGGGUGACCAUUCAGCAACUCCGUGAUGAACUACAAGCCGCGCAGGCAGCUGAAGCUGCUGCUAACGAGAGAGUGCAAAUGUUGGAGCAACAGGUCCUUGUCUACAAAGAUGAUUUCAAUUCCGAACGGGAGGACCGCGAACGGGCUCAAAGUCGGAUUCAGCAGCUCGAGGAAGAAAUGGCUUGCCUGAGGUUACAGUUGCCAAGGAAACAGGAACACCGGGAUGCAGCUGCCCAUCACCAUGGCAGGGUUAGCCCCUACUACUUGGAGCCCAAUGUGCCAGCACCAUUGCUCGGUAAUAGCUCAGAGACACCAGCGAAGAACUCUCGACCCUUACUGUCCAGUGGGAGCUCGGGUGCUGAGGCCAGACAACAAGGACUUCUACAGUGCCCCAAGUGCAUGAGGCUAUUUAACGAUGAGGUGAGCGAUGAGUGCCUCAGGCACAUCUCCGAGUGCUGCCAAUGAACCUACCCACCUCUUGGAUCAAACCACCAGCAGCAAAUGUUGAGUCUGAUGUGCCUUCACCAUGAGUCUUCCCAUUGACACUGAUUACACCAUGUUUGCCCCAUUUGCGACGACUCAUACUGAAGCUGUUCAUGUCCAAAUGCAGAAAGACCUGGACAUAAGCUAUUGAUAGACUAACAUUAAGAAAAUUCCUGGAUUUACAGGAAAAAUCUGCACAACAGUAACUUUUAAACAUUUCAUACAAAUGCUUCAUCAGUUACUUUCUCGAUCAAAGAAGUUGCUUUUUCUUUGAUUUGUUCAGUAUCAUCCAUGAUUCCUCAGGUACUGAAGUAGUCCACAUGCAGCAAGACUUGGACAACAACCAAGAGAGUGGAGAAGCAGUGGCAAGCAACGUUCAGAACAUGCAACUAGCAGGCAUUGGCUGUCUGAACAAGAGAGAAUCUAACCAUUUAUCCCUUGACAUUCAAUGGCACUACCAAUACUGAAUUGCCCACUAUCAACAUCCUCAUAGGUCACCAUUGACCAGGAAUUGAACUGGACAAAGCUUGUAAAUGCAGUGACUACCAGUAGGUCAGUGGUUGGGAAUCCUACAGUGAGUAACUCCCUUCCUGACUCCUCAAAGCCUGUCUAUCAUCUAUCAGAUGUUAGGAGUGUGAUGGAAUACUCCCCACUUACCUGGAUGGGUGCAGCUUCUACAACACUUGAAGUUUGACACCAUACAGGACAAAUCAGCCCACUUGACUGGCACAUUCAUGUCCACAAGUAUCCACUCGUUCCACCACUGAUGCUCAGUAGUAGCAGUGUAUGUACUAUCUAUAAGAUGCACUGCAAAAAUUCACCAAAAAUCUUCAGGCAUCACCUUCCAGACCCAUGACCGCUUCCAUCCGAAGGACAAGGGCACUAGAUACAUGGGAAUACCACCACCUGCAAGCUCCACUCCAAGACACUCUCAAUCCUGACUUGGAAUAAUAUCAACUGUUCCUUCAUGUCACCAGGUUAAAUUCCUGAAACUCCUCUCCUCAUCCUGGAUGCUUUAUAAUAGUACUGCAUUGAAAGCAGAUUGUUUUUAGGUGGUUGACAGAGAGGAAGGAGACAUGUUGCAGACAUGGCAGCAUUGUAGGAGAGUUUUGCACAAUCUGAGCUCCUGCCCUUUAGAUGAGAUAUUAGCAUGAAAUCAGAUCUGCUCUGUUAGAUCCUAAUGCCAUUAUUUCAGAGAACAGGGGAUUUCUCCUUGGUUAUCUGACUAAUAUUUAUCCCCUAUCCCCUCAUCGCUAUAAGUUAGAUUAUCUAGUGAUUUGUUGCUGUUGAAGUUGCAGUUGCAGUUUAUGGAAGCUUGCUGUGUGUAUUUUUUCACAAAUUACUUCAUUGGCUGUAAUGCACUUUGGAGCAUUUUAGAAAAUGCAACUCAUUUUGCAACUUGUGUUGUAAGAUAUCAAGGGGGAAAAAAAACCCUGUGGUAAAAUAAAAUUGGUUGUUGGGACCAGGAAUACAGCAGGUUCCAGCAUUAACACUGCAUGGUCACUGCCUGGAUACAGCGCAUGUUACUCUCUUGUUACAGUAUACUCUGGAGAAAGAAAGGAAGGAGCGAGGGUUAGGAGGGAAACGGAAUGUCAAUGACCAGAGCUUACAUCCGGAAUUACAGAAUCUGAGUGAUUAGACAGACAGGGAAAUAGAAUGUGGAAUAAAAUUAAAAUUCACUUUACACACAGCUGAUAUGAGAUAAUGAGGUGAGUUUUAAGUUGUAGCCAUAAACAAUGUUACUAUUUGCAAAACUGCAAGUGUACAGUAGGUAAGGAAAUUUAAUCUAAUGAUGAUGCAGUGAAGGAAACAACUGUAGUCUGAAAAACACCUGGUACUCCUCCUAAGCUUGCCAUAUUCCUCACACAUCAUGUCUCCAGUUCCUCCUACACUCCACCCGAAAAUGCAUAGAACAAUACAGCGCAGAACAGGCCCUCAAUGUUGCGCCAACCUGUGAGCUAAUCUAAGCCUAUCCCGUCCUCAUCCAUAUGCAUAUCCAAGGACUGUUUAAAUGCCCUAAUGUGGCUGAGUUAACUACAUUGGCAGGCAGGGCGUUCCAUGCCCUGACCACUCUGAGUAAAGAUCCUGUCUCUGACAUCUGUCUUAUCUCAUCACCCCUCAAUUUGCAAAUAUGCCCCCUUAUACAAGCUGAAGUCAUCAUCCUUGGAAAAAGACUCUCACUGUCCACCCUAUCUAAUCCUCUGAUCAUCUUGUAACUCUCUAUUAAAUCCCCUCUUAGCCUCCUUCUCUCCAAUGAGAACAGACCCAAGCCCCUCAGCCUUUCUUCAUAGGGCCUGCGCUCCAGACAAGGCAACAUCCUGGUAAAUCUCCUCUGCACCUUUUCCAAUGCUUCCACAUCCUUUCUGUAAUGGGGCGACCAGAACUGUACGCAAUAUUCCAAAUGAGGCCGCACUAGCGUUUUGUACACUUGCAACAUGACAUCACGGCUCUGGAACUCAAUCCCUCUACCAAUAAAACCUAACACACCGUAUGCCUUCUUAACAGCACUAUCAACCUGGGUGGCAACUUUCAGGGAUCUAUGUACAUGGACACCAAGAUCCCUCUGCACAUCCACACUACCAAGAAUCUUUCCAUUGACCCAGUAUUCUGCCUUCCUAUUAUUCUUCCCAAAGUGAAUCACCUCACAUUUAUCCACAUUGAACUCCAUUUGCCACCUUUCAGCCCAAGUCUGCAGUUUAUCCAAGUCUCCCUGCAACAUUCUUCCACACUGUCCACCGCUCCACCGACUUUAGUGUCAGCUUCAAACUUACUAACCCAUCCACCUAUGCCUGCGUCCAAGCCAUUUAUAAAAAUGACAAACAGCAGUGGUCCCAAAACAGAUCCUUGAGGCACACCACUAGUAACCGGACCCCAGGCUGAAUAUUUUCCAUCAACUACCACUCGUUGCUUUCUUACAGAAAGCCAGUUUCUAAUCCAAACUGCUAAAUCUCCCUCGAUCCCAUGCCUCUGUAUUUUCUCCAAUAGCUGACCAUGUGGAACCUUAUCAAAGGCUUUACUGAAGUCCAUGUACACCACAUCAACUGCCCUUCCCUCAUCUACAUGCUUGGUCACCUUCUCAAAAAACUGAGGUUUGUGAGACAUGACCUGCCCUUGACGAAUCCAUGUUGACUAUCUCCAAUCAAAUUGUUGCUUGCUAGAUGAUUAUAAAUCCUAUCUCUUAUAAUCCUUUCCAAAAAUUUUCCUACAACAGAUGUAAGGCUCACAGGUCUAUAAUUACCUGGGUCAUCUCUACUGCCCUUCUUGAACAAGGGCACAACAUUUGCAAUCCUCCAGUCCUCUGGUACUAAACCUGUCGAUAAUGAGGACUCGAAGAUCAAGGCCAAGGGCUGUGCCACCUCCUUGCUAGCUUCCCAGAGAAUCCUCGGAAAAAUCCCAUUGGGCCCAGGGGAUUUAUCUACCUUCACACCUUCUAGAAUUGAUAACACCUCCUCCUUACUAACCUCAAUCCUUUCAAUUCUAGUAGCCCAUAACUCGGUCUUCUCCUCUACAAUAUUUUCCUUUUCCUGAGUGAAAACAGAUGAGAAAUAUUUGUUUAGCAGCUCUCUGAUCUCCACAGGGUCCACACACAACUUCUCACUUCUGUCUUUGACUGGCCCUAUUCCUAUCCUAGUCAUCCUCUUAUUCCUCACAUGCCUAUAGAGAGCUUUAGGGUUCUCCUUUAUUUUACCUGCUAAUGUCUGCUCACGUCCCCUCCUUGCUCUUCUUAAAUCUCUCUUUAAAUCCUUCCUAGCUAAUCUGUAACUCUCCAUCACCUCAUCUGAACCAUCAUGUCUCAUCGUCACAUAAGCCUCCCUCUUCCGCUUAACAAGAGAUACAGUUUCUUCAGUAAACCACGGUUCCCUUACCUUAUCACUUCCUCCCUGCCUGACAGGGACAUACCUGUCAAGGACACGCAAUAUCUGUUCCUUAAACCAGCUCCACAUUUCGAUUGUCCCCAUUCUAUGCCUCCUAAGUCUUGCCUAAUCACAUUAUAAUUGCCGUUUCCCCAUCUGUAACUCUUGCCCUGUGGCAUGUUCCUAUCCCUUUCCAUCGCUAAACUAAACGUAACUGAGUUAUGGUCACUCUCUCCAAAGUGCUCACCUACCACUAAAUCAAACACCUGGCCUGGUUCAUUACCAAGUACCAGAUCCAGUGUGGCCUCCCCUCUUGUCGGCCCUUUGACAUACUGAGUCAGGAAACCCUCCUGCACACAUUGGACAAAAACUGAUCCAUCUGACGUAUUAGAGUUAUAGCAAUUCCAGUCAAUGCUUGGGAAGUUAAAGUCUCCCAUAAUGACCACCCUGUUCCUUUCACUCCUGCCCAGAAUCAUUUUACCAAUCCUCUCCUCCACAUCCCUGGAACUUUGUGGAGGCCUAUAUAAAAACUCCCAGCAGUGUGACCUCUCCUCUCCUGUUUCUGACCUCAGCCCAUACCACCUCAGUCGACGAGUCCUCGUCAAAAGUUCUUUUAGCCACCGUUGUACUGUCCUUGACUAACAAAGCCACAUCUUCCCCUCUUUUACCACCUUCCCUGAUCUUAAUGAAAGAUCUAAACCCUGGAACCUGCAACAUCCAUUCCUGACCCUGCUCUAUCCAUGUCUCCGAAAUGGCCACAACAUCGAGGUCCCAGGUACCUAUUCAAGCUGCAAGCUCACCUACCUUAUUCUGGAUUCUCCUUGCAUUAAAGUAGACACACUUCAAAUCAGUUUGCUGUCUGCCAGCACACUCCUGUGACAGUGGGAUCCUGCCCAUGUCCUCCCUACUGUCUUCAUCCUGUAUAUUGGAACUACACCUCAAUUUCCCAACCCCCUGCUGAGCUAGUUUAAAUCCACCCAAAUAGCACUAGCAAAUUUCCCACCCAGGUUUAUUAGUGCCCCACUGGUUCAAGCGCAGACCAUCCUGUUUGUAGAGGUCCCACCUUCCCCAGAAGGAGCCCUUUGAGAUUGGCAUUUCCUGUUGUUUCUGACACCUGGGCUAUUGUGCAAAUGUGCAGCUUCCCUUUCACUCCUGUGGGGACAUCUCGUUAACUGCUGGUGGAAUCAAGAAGCGGUGAUGGGGCCCAGUGCUUUGCACUGUCUCUGGUGAAGGCCAACACUGGAUCAAGCUGUCUCUCUCCACAAAGUUAUGGUAGGACUGAGAUGACCUCAUCAGUGCCAAAUCUAAAACAGGUGUUGCACAUUGAAGCGCAUGCAACACUCAACUAUUGGGGAGAGUCCACAGCGGAAAAUAGAUUAAAUCAAGAGCUUUGAUCUUAAACAGGUAUUUAUUGAGUUAUUUAAAGAAGUGUUUGUUUAAUUUUAUUGCACUAGUUUGUGUUAAGGCUCAUUUGAAAAUUCAUUAUUUUAAACUGAUAAACAAAGAUUGAGCCAGUUCUCUUUCCCAGUUGUUCUGUAUCUGUACUUAUUCAAUGUAAUUUUGUCAGGCUUUCUCACCUGCCCUUCUGACAUUGCUGGAAGUCUUGUUCUAAACCAUUUCCAUCCUGCAUAAAGAGGUUUAAUCGACAUCUUCUAAACAUAUACACUGCACCUGAAUUUGGCUACAAUGUUCUUUUUGUUUCAGAGUUGACGGGUUUGAGUUAUAACUGCACAUGGGGGAGUAGUACCGCGUCAGUGUUGGGAGCCAAGCUCUGAGUACCAGGAAUGAUACUUAUUUGAAGAGCUGGUGCAGGCACAGUGGGCUGACUGGCUGCCUUCUCUGCCAUAAACAGUUGUGAUUUUUUUUUCCUGAGCUCUGGUGGCAUGCGGACCAGAACUGAACAGUUAGUCCAGGUAGGCUGUGACCAACCUUCUGAACAAAUGAAGCAUCAUUUCCUCCCCUUUUGUAGGAGUGUGAUAACCAAAUAUUUCUAUGGCAUGUACUGGGCUGGCAACUAUUGUUCCUCUGUCUGAAACUCGACAACUUUUUCUUUGGGAGAGAGGUUUCUGCUUCCCAUUUCCAAAGAACUCUUGAUCACCUGACCAGCCCAGUCUACUUUUAACAACCUACCCCUCCUCCAAGCAGAGUUUCCAUCCAGCUUUGACUCUCUAGUCAUCUCCAGUUACUGAGUAUGAGAACAGUAAAAUACUGGAUGAACAUUCUGGAAAUUCCAGUUGGGUUUCCAGACUUACAUGUAUGAAAAACACAAAUGGACAGUUUGUGAACAAGUGCUCACGCAAAUUGGUCUAUUUAUUGGUAGCAGCACCAUUGGAUCCAGCACAGAGUAUGGGCUCCAGUGGUCAUUCAGAAUUGCACAAUGGUUCAGUUGUGUCAGAUCUAUUUUAAUAAUUUUCUGUGAGUUUCAUUGCAUUUUACUCAUCUUCCCUCAUGUAUUUUUGUAAUUUGUUGCACAAGUUUUACUUCUUGAAUUUCCUCCUUCUCUGUAGU